AUGCCACUCCGGAGCGUUGAAAAGUGGCCUUUCGAGAUCAGCGAGCUAGGAUGGGGAGAGUUUGAAGUUCAAAUCAAGAUCUUUUUGAAGGACUCCAUCUCAAAGCCUCUUCAACUUGUGCACUUUUUGAGGCUAUAUCCUUCCGAAGAAAACGGCAUCUUACUUCCUAUUCCUCCGCCAUCGCCUCUGAUUUCGGUGAUCGCUGAAUCUUAUAACGAAAUCGUACCCUGUUCUUCUAACCCUCUAGGUAAUUUGCUCGCCUUCGCUAAAGUCUGUGAUGAAGAGGGCUGGCAUUGGGAACAUUUGCACCCUUUCCAAAUUGGAGAAAACCUCCUCGCCAUACCCUACCGUAGCAAAACAAGAGCUUGA